AUGUCGUCGACGACGCCUUCGCCCCCGACAUCGACAAUGACCCCGCUCAAGCGCGGCUCUUCCGGUCUAGAUGAAGAGUCGAGCAGCAAGCGCCAAAAGACCAACACCCCGACGCCCGUGCCCGCAGUCGUUGCCGGCAGCGACGAGCCUUCCCUUCCCUGCGCCACCAAAGUCACCAUUCCUUCUCUCGACUACCAGGCGAAAAGCGGCCUCGAACGAAGCAUCGGACUAGCAUUGCAGCAUGUCGGCUUUGAUGCUGCUACCCCCGAAGCCAUGGAGGGCUUUCUGGGGACGGUAGAGACGUACAUGGCCUCCUUUAUCCAAGACCUCAAACGCGUCGCUCUCUCUGCGCGCCGUGAGCAGCCAACACCGGCCGACUUCGAGUCCACGAUGCGACGCUUCACCCUCAAGACCAUGGUGCUCAAGCCCCAUAUCCGCCAUCCCGUACCAAAGGCCAAGCUUGAGACGGAAUACUUUAACCCGCUGGUCGAGGAUCUGGACGCCUACACAACUUUACCGCUCCUCGGCGACGAGCUGAGCGGCAAGCCCGAGAAAGAAGCCAAGUCGUACAUACCGAAAUCAUUUCCCGAUUUCCCCAGCAAGCAUACCUAUAAAUACACUCCUCAAGAGGACGACACUGGGCGGGACCCCCAGAAGACGAGGGAAGAAGCAGCAAAGGCAUCCAAGCAGGGAGAGGAGGCCCUCCGAGGCCUGGUGCGGGCGGCAAAGGUCCGAAAGCAGAAGGAAAUCAGGUCCUUGUCGGAGCGGGAUCCGAUGACCAAGGAGCGAUACUCGCUAUGGGCAGCCGCCAUGGAGGGCUUCGUCAAGAAGGAAGGCGGCGCAUCAGGGCAACUCGAGAUUGCUGAUCAUAGCAUGAUUGUCAACUCGGAUGCGCGCCAUCUGCGCAGAGAGGUGCAGCGGCAGAGCAAGCGAGCCGCCGGCCAAAGCUAA